AUGGUUCACCACCCAAAGACAAAGAAAUUCUUCUGCAAGUUCUGCAAGAAGCACACAAUGUGCAAGGUUUCCCAGGCCUCCCGUGGUGAAGAGCGCCAUUCAGCCCUCGGUCGCCGUCGUUAUGAUCGUAAGCAAAAGGGUUUCGGUGGUCGUGUUAAACCAAUUCUCCGUCGUUCCAAGAAGACAUCCAAGAAGAUUUCUCUUCGUUUCACAUGCCAGUCUUGCAAGAAGGCCACAAUGUAUUGCCUUGGCCGUCUUCGUAAGUUCGAAUGGACAGUUGAAAAGAAGAAGAAACACGCCGAACCAACAUGGUAA